AUGGCGGCUGUCAAGGGUGUCCUGACACCUGGUCUACUUUCGCCUGGUCUACUGGAGGCCUACAUGGCCAGAUACGAGUUGAGUAAAGACCAAGUGCUCGAACAAAAGGAAGCUUUCGACCUGCUGGACAUCGAUGGCAAUGGCAAGGUCACUUACCAGGAGGUAAAGGAGAUGAAUGCCAAGCUUGGACAGCCGAUGUCUGAACAGGAGCUGUCUGAGCAGUUCACAACGCUUGACGUCGAUGGUCUUCCUCCUAGCCUCUGCGCAGAGUCUUGGUUGCGCGGUUUCUCCGAGGCAGCCACGCCGUCACCUUCCCAGAGUUUCUCAAGGUCUAUGUGA